AUGGCAUUGUCAUGGCAUCUCUCCUUCGUUCUAGUUUGGAAUUUCUUAGGAGCAAGUGCUGCAAUUUUCACGUUGCAGAACAAAUGUCCACACACUAUAUGGCCAGCGACUUUAUCAGGAGCUGGAAAACCUCUACUAGUGAAUGGUGGCUUCCAGCUCGGCCCGGCUCAAGCCGCCACCAUCAAUGCACCUGCAGGGUGGUCAGGACGCUUCUGGGCACGUACUGGAUGCACUUUCGACCAAUCUGGGAAGGGAAGCUGCGCCACCGGUGACUGUGGCGGUAUUCUGCAGUGUAACGGUGCAGGCGGUAUACCACCAGUGUCACUAGCUGAGUUCACCCUCAACAGCCCACAAGAUUUUUACGAUGUCAGCCUUGUGGAUGGAUUUAACCUGCCAAUUUCCAUCUUCCCUUCUGGAGGGACGGGAAAUUGUAGAUCAGUAAUCUGCAAAGCGGAUUUGAUUAGAGUAUGCCCACCUGAAUUGGUGGUGGUCGGAGGGAAUGGGGAGAGGGUGGCGUGUAAAAGUGCCUGUCUCGCCUUCCGUCAACCCCAAUACUGCUGCACUGGAGCAAUCAAUAGUCCGACGACAUGCAAGCCUACAAAUUAUUCACAAAUUUUCAAACGAGCUUGCCCUACAGCGUAUAGCUACCCAUUUGACGAUCGAACCGGUACUUUUACAUGCACGGGAGCUAACUAUGUGAUCACGUACUGUUGA